AUGUCAGCCACGCCUCGAAAGCGGAGUAUCCAUGUGGAAGAUGAUCUACCGUCAUUUGAUGAUCCCACGGAGAUGGUAAACGCUGUAAUAUCAACCUUACAAAAGCCUGAUGAUGAAACUAAUGUGUCGAUGACAUAUUCUAAUGAUAAAAAUUUGGCAACGGAAGUUCAGGCCUAUGCUAAAAUUGCCGGGCAAAAUUGGACAUUUUAUGUUAAGUCACUUGCUGUAACCAUUGGUAGGAACACAGAUAAUCAAAAUGGCUCCAGUGGCACAGUCGAUAUUGACUUGGGCCCGGCAAAAGUUGUCUCAAGACAACAUGCAUCAAUCAUUUAUAAUUUGGACUUAAGAUGUUGGGAAUUGAAAGUGCUUGGUAGAAAUGGAGCACGAAUUGAUGGUCAAAAAACACCAAUUGGUGGUUCAUCAGCUUCUCCAUUACACUCAGGUGCUAUUUUGGAUAUUGGUGGCACUCAAAUGAUGUUUAUUUUACCUGAUUCACCUCCAAAUAUCCUGCAAAAAGUUCUAGCUCAAUGCUUGGCCAAAUAUAAGAAAUCUAAAAAGUUUUCCUCCAACUAUCCCCAAAAUUCAAUUCCCAACAAUGGUUCUCAAGUUAAGAGCUUUCAAAUGUUCGAUAAAGCUCAACUUACUCAAUCCCCGUCGUCUGCUUCGGCGACCUCUUUGCAAAACAAUUUGGACCAGGAUUUAUCAAAGGAAGAUGCGAAAGAUAUCAAACCUCCCUACUCCUAUGCUACAAUGAUAACUCAGUCUAUUUUAUCCAAUGGUGAGGGCGUAAUGUCAUUAUCAGAAAUAUAUAACUGGAUUUCGUCACACUAUGCUUAUUAUAAGUAUUCCAAAACCGGUUGGCAAAAUUCUAUCAGACAUAAUUUAUCCUUGAACAAAGCAUUCGAAAAAGUGCCUAGAAGACCGAAUGAGCCUGGUAAAGGAAUGAAAUGGCGAAUCAGUGAAUCAUACAAAGAAGAUUUUUUGAAUAAAAUCCAAAGUGGUUCUCUUCUGAAGACUCGUAGAGGCUCUUCUGUCUCUAGACAGCUUCAACUACAUUUAGCGACAUACCUGCAGUUACCCGAGUCACAAAGGUACAUUAACAAAGAAGAAAUUCAAGAUUUUGAUCAUCAAAGGAACAGUUCAUUACCAAAAUUUGGUCAACUGAUUCAAUAUUCCAAUGGUCCUUCUAACUUGCCUCAGGCGAACCCUCUUUCUUACAUUUCCAAUCAACCAGGAAAUGGUUAUUUUAAUCCUCCUCGUUCGUAUGGCUUUCAGCACCCUCAAUCUCAGUUAAUGUACGGUAAUCCGUUAAUUCAACAGCAGCAGCAGCAGCAGCAGCAGCCUCAAAGUCAACCUCAAAGUCAACCUCAACCUCAACCUCAACCUCAACCUCAGCAACAGCAACAGCAACAGCACCAACCUCAGCAACAUCAACAACAGCAACAGCCUGCAUCGCAGCAGCUCUUGGGCUCUUUGGGGGGUAACAAACCAGAGCUCUCUUCGCCAAUCAGACAAUUAGGCGAAUUGAAUGGCGCUACCCCUAAGUUGCCUAAGGUUGUUGGUAACCAUUUAUUCAACUUACCACCGCCGCCACCUGCUCCAAACCAUCAUAUGGGAAAUUCUGCACCUCAGGCGCACCAUCCUCGCUCAAACUCGCUGAUUACUCAAGUAAAUGAAAGCAAUCAGAACUAUUCUUCAGGUAAUAACACUCACACUAGUGAAUCUGGAAAUUCGAAUUCUACCGCCCCAAGCACAAAUUCUGAUAUGGUUAUGGGAUUUACAAGCCCCAAAAAGAUAAUUCCACUUGAAGCAUUCACACCUGAGCGUGGUUCAAAACCUUCGGGCUCAAGUAAAUUAAAUGUUCCUGGUGGUGUCAAUACUAAUCAGUCUUCUCCUGCCUUUUGGAACUUUGUACAGUUCAGCACCCCUAAUGGCCAGACUCCCUUGAGAAAAAAUAGCGAUGAGCUGAACGAUCAUGGUAGUCCUACUUUAAGUAGAAAAGUACAUUCGAAAGAUGAUAUUACGAAGGGUUCUCCUCUUCGGCUUCAGAGUGAGGAUAAAGAGGCUGAUAGCAGUAGCAUAGAAAUCAGCAGGGAGCGUUCUGAACUAAAGAAUGGUGAGGUUGCAAGUUGA